CGCCACACGUCCCCCGCAAACGCAACUCGCGAUGUGAUUGAGCCAACGUGCGCCGGCUCUCAUCUUUGCGCAUACUCUACGAUGGGAGGCGCUACUAGACGGGAGUGUCCAAGCUCUUCGCAGCCAUAUGCGCGAUACGGUGGUCGUAUCCGAGGUCCCGAGAUCAGGCACAUCGACACAGACCGUCUUGACCAGUUCCGUUCCACCGGCGAGUUCAGGGACGUCAACUUAAUGUCUAUGAUGGAACACGGGCGCGUUGACGACACCAAAUUUCUAUCGCUUGAAGUGUAUUCUCCGUCAAAUUUAGAGCGCCCGCUCUUCAAGGAUGCUGUCAAGAAUCAAUUCUGUCCAGCCAAGAAGGGGCAGUCUUUUGGUCCAUCCUGGAGCACGCACUGGUUUCGCGUCACAAUCCAUCAGGUGCCAGAAGAGUGGAAGAAGCUUGAAAGGAUCCAGCUAGAAUUCGAUCUGCCAGAAGCGAUGGUCUAUAGCGAGGAUGGGGAGCCCUUACAAGGCCUGACUGGCGGCAGUGAAGCUCGAAGAGUGGAUUUCAUCCUUACUGAUGGAGCAAGAUCGAAGAAGACGGUCUACUACAUUGAGGCAGCGAUGAAUGGGCUCUCAGGUCUGGGACAAGGUAGUUCAAUCCAACCUCCAGACCAGAAUCGAUAUUUUACGCUUGACUCGGCAGAUCUAGUGGCUCCCAACAUGACGGCCGUCCGUUUGUCUUAUGAUUUCUGGAUUCUAAAAGACCUGGCCAGGGAACUACCCCAGAACGGCUUUGAAUCGCAUGAAGCGCUCGCAGCAGCAACUAAAAUCAUGAACACCUUUCAGCGUGGCGAUCAGGCAAGCCUGGACGCAUGCAGAAAGAUUGCAGACAAGGUUCUUGGGCCGCAACGUGAUUCGGCAGCGGUCUACAAGCCCGAUGACAGCGUCUACGUUACUGCUAUUGGCAAUUGUCACAUCGAUACUGCAUGGCUUUGGCCCUUUGCAGAAACACGUCGCAAGAUUGGACGUUCAUGGGCAUCUCAAAUUGACUUGAUGGAACGCUACCCAGAGCAUGUCUUUGCUUGUUCACAGGCACAGCAGUUCAAAUGGAUGCAGCAAGACUACCCAAAGUUGGCCAACAAGAUUGCACGCAAGAUCAAGGAUGGUCAAUUUGAGCCCAUCGGUGGUUCUUGGGUCGAGAUGGAUAGCAACUUACCAUCUGGUGAGUCGCUUGUCCGCCAGUUUCUUUUCGGCCAACGCUUGUAUGAGAAGCAGUGUGGUAGGCGCUGUAAGGUUGCAUGGCUACCAGACAGCUUCGGCUACUCGAGUCAGUUUCCGCAGCUUGCUCGUCUUGCUGGCAUGGAUUACUUCUUCACACAGAAGCUCUCUUGGAACAACAUCAACACCUUUCCCAAUACAACCAUGAACUGGCAAGCCCUUGACGGCACUCAGAUCCUGACGCAUAUGACUCCAAACGAAACUUACACAUCGAAUGCUGAUCUUGGUGACGUUAUCCGAUCACAGAGCCAGCACAAGUCUUUGACUGAAGCCAAAGAUUCAUUGCUGGUCUUUGGAUUUGGCGAUGGCGGCGGUGGGCCACACAAGGACAUGUUUGAGAAGCUACGUCGAUGUCGUGGUGCUGCCAAUACGAAUGCACCUUCUCUGCCCAAAAUCAAGUUCAACACAGUGGAACGCUUCUUCAGUGAUCUUGAGCGUAAUUGUAAUGGUGGCAAGGAUCUUCGAACCUGGGUGGGCGAACUAUACUUUGAGUUUCAUCGUGGCACCUACACAUCACAGGCGUUGACCAAGAAGAACAACCGCAAUGCUGAGCGAAUGCUUCAUGAACUUGAAUGGUUCGGUAGUGCUGCAGCUUUGUGCGUGAAGACGUACACUUAUCCGCGAAAAGCCAUCGAGGCAUUAUGGGAAGAUGUGUUGCUCUGCCAAUUCCACGACGUGCUACCUGGAAGCUGCAUCGAGAUGGUCUACAACGACGUGCACAAAAUGCAUGCAAAGGUGCUUCAGAAAGGAGUUGUACUCAUCGAUGAAGCUCUGUCGGCUUUAGGAGUAAGCAACUCUGUAGCUUCAGACACUGUACAGACUCGUCGCGAUGUCAUCAUCAACAGUCUGCCAUGGGACCGUUCAGCCAUCCUCGAAGUCAGGGGUCAGCUGGAGUUGGUUCAUUCUCGCUCCUCUCUAGGGAGCUUGACUGUCGGCGACAAACUUGGUGAUGUGCGUGUGGAGCAACUAAAUGAUCGCGCUUACAUGCUCGAAAACUCCGACGUCCGUCUACACAUCGAGGAUGGUGCAAUAAGAGUCUUUUAUGAUGUCAAGACAGACAGAAUGCUACAUGGAGACACGAUUUCGAAACCCCUCAACCAGUUUGUACUGUUCGAGGAUCAGCCUCUCAACUGGCAAGCAUGGGAUGUUGAGAUUUAUCACCUCGACAAAGAGCCGCGAGUGUUGAAACCUUACGCCUCAAGAAUUCUGCUCAAAAGCUCACAUCGGGUCACCAUCGAGUUUGAAUACAAAAUCUCGGAAGUGUCUAGCAUGGUCAACACGAUUUCGCUCGAUUCAUCCGCAGUGAAUAAGCCGAAGCAUUGCCAAGUGAAUUUCGAAUGCAAGGUCGAUUGGCAUGAAAACAAGUCAUUCCUCAAGGUCGAGUUUCCAACAAAUCUGCACGCGAACGAGGCGAGAUACGAGACCCAAUUCGGUGUCAACACUCGGCCUACACACCGCAAUACAACCUGGGACGCGGCGAAGUUUGAAGUGUGUUGUCACAAAUUUGCAGACUUGUCUGAGGCACGCUAUGGUCUCGCCAUUCUCAACGAUUCAAAGUACGGGUUUGCCACACUUGGCUCAAAUAUGACUUUGUCCCUUUUGCGCGCACCUAAAGCACCGGAUGCCACGGCAGACAUGGGCAUGCACCAGUUCCGAUAUGCCAUGCUGACUCAUGCGACUAGCUUCGAAGGCAGCGAUGUGACGCGCCUCGCUGCCGAAUUCAAUAAUCCGUUGAGACUGGCGGCUACUGAUCAAACUGACCUUUUGGUGCAACAAAUCGCACUUGUGCCAUUACCCGAUGCUAGGGAGAAUCACACUGACCAUGUCAUUCUCGAUACAAUCAAACUCAGCGAAGACAAUGAUCGCGCUAUUGUCCUGCGCAUCUACGAGGCCAUUGGCGCUGGCGGGCAUGUUCGGAUCUCGGUACCGACGCAAUUUGGUCGCGUGCGCCAUUCCUGUCUCGUGAACCUACUCGAGGACGAGUGCCUCGAUCGUGGUUUGUGCUUCCCUGACGUUAAGAUACGUCCAUUCGAGGUGCUCAGCAUCAAGUUGGUACUUGAUGACUGAGUGAGGCAAAGAACUUGUUCUUGUCACAGUAGCUGCCAGAAG